GCUCGCCGUCUGUGUGCGGUUGUCGGUUCGCCUACUUCGCGGUAACCUACAGCUACUGUGGCUAACUAGGUCACAAGCUAGCUCAACUUUGCUGGUGAACGGUGCUGUAACUUAGCGUUGACGUCUCAAACGCCUGUUUCUCGCUGACUUUCCUGCUCGUGAAGUUAACGUUUUAUUCGACUGGGUUCAUGUGGAAAGUAAUAAGGCGAAUCAAACAGCCCAGAGAUAUUUAAACCCCGAGCAGGCAGCAUUAUUAUCUUUUAACACUUGAGACGUAUUUCGUUGGUAUUGCACCAGAUAGCGGUGGGCGUCAAGGUGUUUGACAUAAACACCUUCAGAGUGUCGAGUUUCAGGGUGAGCAGUGUAUCUGUAGACUUCCUUCAGAUUACCUGACUUCAGCCAUGCCUUUUCCUUUUGGGAAGUCUCAGAAGAGUCCAGCUGAAAUAGUGAAGAACCUAAAGGAGAAUGUGGUGCACUUGGAAAAGCUGGAUGCUGGAGACAGCAAGAAAUGUGAAAAGGUUGCAGAAGAAGUGUCCAAAAACUUGGCGUCCCUGAAGGAAGUCCUCUGUGGGACGGGUGACAAGGAGCCUCAGACCGAAGCAGUGGCUCAGCUUGCACAAGAGCUCUACAACACCAACCUCCUCAUUGCUCUCAUUUCUAACCUGCAAAGGAUUGACUUUGAGGGGAAGAAGGAUGUGGUUCAUUUGUUCAGCAAUAUUGUGAGACGGCAGAUUGGCACUCGCACACCCACAGUAGAGUAUAUUUCUACGCACCCACAGAUCCUCUUCAUGCUUUUGAAAGGAUAUGAGAGUCCAGAAGUCGCUCUGAACUGUGGGAUGAUGCUGAGGGAGUGUCUGCGCCAUGAACCUUUGGCACGAACUGUUCUCUUCGCUGAAGAGUUCUACUGCUUCUUCCAUUACGUGGAGCUCUCAACGUUUGAUAUUGCCUCAGACGCGUUUGCCUCUUUUAAGGAUCUCCUCACAAGACACAAGAUCAUGUGUGCUGAUUUCCUGGAGAAGAAUUACGACAGGGUGUUUACAGAAUAUGAGAAGCUUCUGCAUUCUGAUAACUAUGUCACCAAACGUCAGUCUUUGAAGCUCCUUGGGGAACUUCUCCUGGACAGACACAACUUCACCGUCAUGACGAGGUACAUUAGCCGGGCAGAGAACUUGAAGCUGAUGAUGAACUUGCUAAGAGACAACAGCCGAAACAUCCAGUUCGAAGCGUUCCAUGUGUUCAAGGUAUUUGUUGCGAACCCUAACAAGACUCAGCCAGUGCUGGACAUACUGCUGAAGAACCAGACCAAACUUGUGGACUUCCUGAGCCAUUUCCAGACAGACCGAUGUGAAGACGAACAGUUCUGUGAUGAGAAGAACUAUCUGAUUAAGCAGAUCCGAGACCUGAAGAGGCCCGUGGCACCUGAGGAAGCUUAAGACCAUGGAGACCAUUGUUCCAUCAGGUGGUAGAUUUUAAGGGUGUUGGUAGAGCUGCCGAGGGCCAUUUCAGAAAGACAUGCUUUAUUUCAAUUCAGUUUUAACUAUGAAACAUAGGAAAAAAGCUUCCUUCACUUUCAGUUUUUAUUGCGGAGGUGGUUUUCCAUUCAUAAGCAUAAGUUAGCAAAACAGGGUGCUGUUCUUUAGUUAUGAACGCAUUUACUCCAUUCUUGUAAUGUUGGAACUUAAACUGUUACGUUUUCACAGAAAUUGUUGCUGGAAGAGACUUUAGACAGACAGAAAUGUUACCCCUUCACCAGCAAUAUGAGCCCUGAUAGGGUUUAGUUUAUAUUUUAGAACUAAAAAAGUUUAGGAUAAGUAUAUAUUAUUUUUCUAAUGUACAUUUAUGGUAAACAAUAUAAAAUAUCUUUUCUUUCUGAGCAUUGAUUAGUCUAACUAAUUCUAGAGGUUUGCUUUAUUGCCUUAUUGUAAUCAGUUGUGUUGUACAGGGAGUUGAGUAAUCUUUAGCUCUAUGGCAUUGGAGAAGAUGCAUAAGGCUCAUUCUGAUUAGGUCAACAUGUAGCAAGUUUUGGAGGUUCUAUUGGGCCUUUAGUUGCUGCAGAGGACAGAAAUGCUCCUGCAGUGCUGUACUGGCAGUGCAUUAGUUGGCACAGGAAGAGAAAAUCAAAACCAUGGAGGAAUCAAUUUAUUGCGCUGUGAUUUUUAGGCUGCGCCCAGUGAGGCUUACAUGACUGAAAUAGAAACAAGACAUCAGAUAAUGCUGCAGGGUAGCAGCCAUCCAUUCACCGCUAACACGGACAGCUGGGGUCCACCAAUUGAUCGCAUGCAUAGGGCUCAUAUCCUUACCUGCUGAUCAGAUAACAGUGAUUCAGUAAAAACAGCCAUUUAGCAAAGAUGUACAGGGCUUUGAUGAACUUAAUGCUUGAGGUGUUGGCUAUUUAUAUACAGCAAGCAGUGCAUUGGAAGUUAAAGUGCAGUUUAUCUAAAGGGUUUGCUCAUAAGGAUGCAUCAUAAGUAUGUUACUGCAGGUCUAGUAUAUUCAAAUGGGAGCAUGAUGUGCUACGUACGAGGUUAGAUCAGCCAUUCCACUUUGCUUUGGCACGUGCUGAAUAUUUCAAGCAUUGAACGUAAGCAGUUGACCCACACACAGCAAGGACAUGGAUCAUUAAAAAACAAAACAAAAAUACUGUUGCCUCUAAUGUAACAAAACUUGCAUCUACCCCAAGAGAACAAACAGAACAGAGCAUGUGCCCACAUGCAUUCACAGGAUUUAUUCUUAGCGCUUUACUGAUAUGAAUGUACUAAUAAGUGGAUUUAACUGUCACACGCUUGUGAUGCAUCUGAAGGCGUGUCCAGUCAGACGCCGACGCGUUGUUGCGAUGGGCGCCGGACUUCCUGGCACGCAUCACUACAUACGUUGGUCUUUAAGGAACUGCCUUAUUUCUGCCGUUGUUACUAAAAUGGCACAUUUCAACGUGUGUAGUCCGCGUGCACGGCCUUCUAUUACAGUAUAUACCUCAUUGGAUUUAGAUUUGCAAAUGCUGUGUUCUGUUUUCUUGCCUUCCUAGAUGAGAUGCUAUGACAUCUUAGAAUGCACAGGAGUGGGUUGUGUGUGCAUCGCUACACUUGAUUAUAAAUGUUCAGACUUGAACAGGGACUGCGACCUGGUUUUCACGAUAGGAAAACUAGAUUUUUAAACUUAAAUAUUUCACUGGCCGGUGCCACACAAACGUUAAUUCAUAAUGAAUUGCAUAGUGGUACCUUUUGUAAUAAGUGUUGCCUUAUUUAAAGACCUUUUGAUGGAUCGUCGUGAUCAUACAAAAUUCCAGACCUCUUAAUUUCCUGUUACACCAAAAUCAGUACAAAACAUUUACAAUGCAAGUUCUGUGAGUUCAGUUUCACAUCCACAUAUGGUGCCGUGCACUGUAGGUUUACCUCUAACUGCCAUGUGCUUCGGGUGUUCAUCUGUUUUUAGUAGAGAUCAGCAGGCUACUCGCAAAGUUGUUGACAAGAUUGCAUUUAAAAGAAAUCGCUCUUUGUUUCACAGCGUCAGUCAUGAGCAUAAAACAUUUCUGCUGAGAGUCUGGCACAUUAUCUAUAAACAAAUAUAUUUCAUUUUGCCUCAUUUAUUUCAAAGAAGGCUUGUAUAACAGUGUUUAGAUUUGAAUUGCUUUUUGAAGCCUUCUCCAUACGCUCACGUUAAAAACCAUUAUAUCACCUCUGGUAAUAUGCAAGAAUAUGGGGCAGUCCUGGUGUUUCUUAAAUAUUCAGGUGAUCUGUAAAUACAGAUGCAAACUCUGUAUGAAACGUGUCUGGAGUCAUGACGUGCCCUUUGAGUAGGACAUGCUAUGCACAGCUGUCCCACCAGAGGGAACUGACAGCAGCAUUUGGCUCGUGUUGCUUGUACCAACCCAGCUUCAAUGCUUCUUGAACCCUACGUACAAUCACCAGCAGGGAGAUGUAGACACAACAAAAAUUCCUGAAGAUCAAUAAUAUAUAUUUCCUAAGUUCACUGUUGAAAUGUGUGCUUUACGUUUUUUGUUCACACCUUUAUUUGCCAUGGGCUUGAUUUAUAUGUACCUAACUUUAUAAAGUGUGAAAGCAUUCAUGAAAAUAAAACUCUAUGGCAGUUA